GAAGGAAGGAAGGAAGGAGGCGGAAGCUCGGCGAGUGGAGCCUCUUUCGGGUUUGCCUAUCCCUGCGGCGCUCUCUCUCUCUCUUCUUGAGAAAAGCAGCGUUCUAAAUUUGAAAGGCUGUUGGUGGAAAUAUGAACUAGAGGGCGCUUGCCUGGCCCUCGGGAACCGCUCGUUUUCCGAAACGAUGCCUUGCAUCCUUCUCUGAACACGGCUUAUCACACCACGUUCGUGAGAACUGAGCCAGAAACCCAGGAAUCUGCUUUCCUGCCCGGCGCCUCUAGCUUAAUUCUGCUUCUCUCACCAGAAGAUCUCUGUAGAGCCAGAAGAAGGCACAGUUAUACAGACAAGGAUCUCACAGCAAAACUGGACUUGCAAACUUCCUUUCAAUAUACAAUACUAAAUAUUUAUAUUGCUGGUGUGUCUAUAAGUUUAUACUUUGAAUUUUUCUUCAGAAGAAAAUGGAUUUCCAGUUCAACUUCUCUAUAGAUACUGUUCCAGAAAACAAAAUAGAUGCUACUGGAGAUAGAAAAAUGCAGGAGAAAACAGUAGAUGCAUCUACGGACAAAAAAGAAAAUGCCACUGAAAGUAAUGAAGGAAUUUCCUCAGAGGAACAUAUAAUUAACUGGGAAUCUUUAUCAAAACUCACUGCUAAUGUGACAGCGUGCACUGCUUUGAGUGAAAAUGGGACAAGUUUGCCAAAGAAACAUUUCUGUCCUCAGUCUGUGAAGGAGCAUAAUAUUCCUAAAGAUGGCAGCAAAGUGUUAGAAAAUAAGGUUGUGGUAACCCUACCAUGCACUUCUGCUGGUAUUUCUGUGGUGGAGACAACUUUCCCAGUUGAUCUCACUGGAGGAGAUGUAGUGUCUAAAAGUAUUUCUUCUCACUCUGAUCUAAUCACAGGUGUCUAUGAAGGUGGUCUGAAGAUCUGGGAGUGUACCUAUGAUCUCAUUGAUUAUUUAGUAGAAGCUGAAAUUCCAUUUGCACAGAAGUCUGUUUUGGAUCUUGGCUGUGGGGCUGGAUUGUUGGGAGUGCUUGCAUUGAAAAGUCAUGCUAAAGAAGUUCACUUUCAAGACUACAACAGCUCAGUGAUUGAAGAAAUAACUCUACCUAAUGUAUUGGUUAACUGUGCAUAUCAAGGUGAUGAUGUUGGAGGAAUUGCUGAUCCUUGCCUAAAACAAUGCUCAGAAAGAGACUUUGAUCAAGACUUGCUCUCUAAAUGCAAAUUCUUUUCUGGGGAAUGGUCAGCAUUUAGUAAACUCCUUUUAAGUAGCAAGAAGCCCUUAGCAAAAUAUGAUCUCAUCCUCACCUCUGAGACUAUUUACAAUCCCAAUUACUAUGAAGCUUUGCAUGAUACACUUUCUCAUUUAUUGGGAAUAAAUGGUUGUGUGUUUUUGGCAAGUAAAGCACAUUAUUUUGGGUGUGGUGGUGGGGUUCUCCUUUUUACAAAAUUUAUUGAAGAAAAAAAUAUUUUUAAGUGUAGAACUGUUAAAGUUAUUGAAAAAGGACUAAAUCGUUUCAUUAUUGAACUAGUCUUUAAGAAUUCCUUUUAACAUGUUUUCUGGCUGAAUAGAUUCCAAGACAUGUUUCUGUUUUAUUAUGGCUUCUUUGGUAAAUUCCAGGGUGGUUAUUCUUGGUUCAUAAUUGUGUUUUUCUUACCUGGUUUCUUCUAUAUUUUCCUUAUUCUUUUUGACAACAUAGAAUUCUUUCUAGAAACUCUCAGAUUCUUCAAACACCUACCUUUUGAUAUAGUAAUGUAUUCCAAGUAAAGAAUCUAAAUGUUCUUUGCAUGAUUUGGAAUUAUCCGGUGCAGAAUAGACACCAUUCCUGUAUAGUUUGCUUCCUUAAUGUACAUAAAACCUACCCUGUGAAUCUCAUUGGGCUUUUUUUUUCAGUUAGAGAACCUGGUCCAAGUAAUAUCACCUGAAAUCCAGUAGUAAGUUGGAACUUCAAUGAGUCAAAUCCUCAGUAAAUUCCAGUCAUUUAGUGGGUGUACACUAAGUGUGAUUUACUACUUUUUUGCCCUGAAAAACAUGCCUCCAGGUGGGGGGGUCAUCUUCUACGCUGGGUGCACUUCAGUUGGGAUAGACAUAUCGGCCCAUAGUGGCCUUCCGAUGCUUGCCCGGUGCCCAUAGUAGCCUGCCGAUGCCUGCCCAUCUCAUUCUACAUAGCGUCUAGUAUCGCG